CGCAAAGUGGAGUAUUUGAGAGACAGUUAUUUUUAUCUUACUUUUACUUUUGAGAAAUUGAUCUAAUAUUACAUGCAUUUUGUGACGACUGAUACAAUUAUUUGCGAAGAUAGCUGUUAUUUCCCAACGUGUACAGUAUCACUUUUUUUGCUUCGAUUCACCGACACAUUGGAAGAGAAAGAUGAUCGACCAGUUACGAGUAACGGGUACAUCGACCGAGUUCUACGAGGAAGGCGAGACCCAGCUAAAAGAUACGUGGGUUUACGAAAGAAAUCGAAGAGCAGGGGCACUUCAGUAAACGAUCUCAUUUGUCUGAAAAAUCUCAGUCGUGUCGAAAGCAGUGAGUGUGCGCGGAAACUUUGAUCUCGUGUGAUUUUUUUUUUAAUGAGAAAAUGUCACUAUUGAUUCUUCUCGGCGUUCUAUUGCAUUGUUGUGCAUUUGGUGUAUCGGACGAGCACGAGAAACUGGCAGGCGAUCAUGCAUUAGGGGCAACAGAUAUGAUAAACAUGCCAUUAACACCUUCAUUAGAGAACAAUAUACGACAAUUCCAAGGACAUUAUCCUUUUCCUUCACCCGGAUACAGACCACAAAAAUGCCCUCUUUGCGACAGUUCGAUUUAUCCUUAUUGCGGCGAGAAACUGUUGCACGACGCCUGCUGCUGUACCAAUUCUCACGAUUUACCUUAUCAAUGUAGAUUAGCAGACUGUCGAUUUCUGCACGCCAACAGCUGCAUGGAGCAUCGAUUGAUCGCCAAUUGCUGUUGCAAUGAUGAUUAUCGCGCUUUUCUGAGGAGUCUCGAGAUGCAAUAAAUCCAUCGCACCAUUUAUCACUUGUGACAAAAUUAUGAAAGAAUUAAUCUUAAUAAUGAAUAAAAUCGAUAAUCUUCGCGCAAUAUCUAUUAAAAUUAAGCAAUUAAUUGUUAAUGAAAAUGUCAAAAUUAAUGAAAAUUGAUGUUAAUGGAAAUAAACAGAGAUAAUUACAAAAA